GCUUGGGGCAGAGUCAGCGCCUGAGGGCGGAGUCAACUCUGGGGGCGGAGUCAUCUCCAGCGGCACGUCGUGGCCGUUGUCACCUAACGCCAGCCUGUGGCGGUUCGCAGAGCCGUCUGGGCGCUGCGGGGCAUCCUGGGACUUGUAGUUCGGAAUAUCCUCGCCGUUCCCGGCAGCCUUCGCGCGGCGCGGUGCCAUGGCGCCCACAAUACAGAGCGCGCAGCGGGACGAUGGCCACAGGUCCAAUGCACACAGGGCAGCACCUGAGAGGUCUGGAGUUGUGUGCAGGGUGAAAUACUGCAAUUCUCUGCCAGAUAUUCCCUUUGACCCAAAAUUUGUGACAUAUCCAUUUGAUCCCAACAGGUUUGUACAGUAUAAAGCUACCUCUCUUGAAAAACAGCAUAAGCACGAACUGUUAACAGAGCCAGACCUAGGAGUGGUGAUUGAUCUCAUCAAUCCAGAUACCUACAGGAUCGAUAACAAUGUAAUCCUUGACAUUGCAGAUGAGAAAUUACUAGAGGAAGAAAUUCAGGCACCCUCCAGUUCAAAGAGAUCACAACAGCAUGCUAAAGUCGUGCCGUGGAUGAGAAAGACCGAAUACAUUUCUACUGAGUUCAAUCGCUAUGGCAUCUCCAAUGAGAAACCUGAGGUCAAGAUUGGUGUAUCUGUCAAACAACAGUUUACAGAGGAGGAGAUUUACAAGGAUCGUGACAGCCAGAUAGCAGCAAUUGAAAAGACCUUCAUGGAUGCAAAUAAAGAGGUCACUCAACAUUACAGCAAACCUCGAGUUAUCCCUGUGGAAGUUAUGCCUGUCUUUCCUGAUUUCAAGAUGUGGAUAAACCCAUGCGCGCAGGUCAUAUUUGACUCUGACCCAGCACCCAAAGACGUCACUGGUUCAGGUGCCGUGGAGAUGAUGUCCCAAGCUAUGAUCAGGGGCAUGAUGGAUGAGGAGGGAAACCAGUUUGUUGCUUACUUCCUACCCAGUGAGGAGACCACAAGGAAACGGAAGCGAGACAGUGAGGAAUGUAUUGAUUACAUGCCCGAGGAUAUAUACGAGUACAAAAUAUCCAGAGAAUAUAAUUGGAACGUGAAAAACAAAGCCAGCAAAGGAUACGAGGAAAACUACUUCUUCAUCUUCCGUGAUGGAGACGGAGUCUACUACAAUGAGCUGGAGACCAGAGUGCGUCUGAGCAAGCGCCGUGCAAAGGGGGGUCAUGGUGUUCAGUCAAACACCAACGCAGUGCUGGUGGUGAAGCACAGAGAAAUGAAUGAGAAAGAAUUGGAGGCUCAGGAAGCCAGACGAGCUCAGCUGGAGAAUCAUGAGCCAGAGGAUGAAGAAGAAAUUGAGCCAGGCAAAGGCAUCACGGGAUCAGAUGACGAAAAAGACAAAGAGAGUGGCAGCGAGAAGGCGGCCAGUGGGGAUGAACACUCGGGGAGCGAGAGCGAACGGGAAGAAGAGGACAAAGCCAGCAGCAGGAGCGGGAGCGAAGGAGAGAGUGACAGCGGGGACGAGCGGCAGGCUCGCGAGGCCCGCGAUAAGGAGGAGAUCUUCGGCAGCGACGACGACAGUGAUAACGAGGAUCAGCAGAAUGAGAGCGGGCAGGAGGGCAGCGGCAGCGACGACGAGCAACAGAGCGAGGAGGAAGAGCGGCGAAGCAGGAGCGCGUCCAAUAGUGGCAGCGAGCACUCGGAUAACGAGAACCAGCGCCCUGUGCAGAGUGGCAGUGAGCAGGGCACGGAUUCGAGUGAGAAUGAGGAAAGUGGCAGCGAGAGUGACUGAAGAGCUUGGCCCUGAUCUGCCUGCCUGCAGUGGGUAUCAAUGGACAGGGACAUGGUCUUACAAACUCACUGAGACUUUGGUGAUCUCCCUUCCCCUCCCCUCCCCACCUUCCCUCUCUCUUCACACAUUUGGUGAGUAUUGCACAGUAAAGGUACAUCUUGAUCCUUGAGCAGUUGACCCAGGUGUGUCGAGGGAUGGGAGACUGUAAGCGUCCACCAGCUGCUGGUGUUUGGGCUCAUUUUUAUAAGCAUUUGUAUAAAACCACAUCAUUCUACAAUACCUAAACAGAGAUUAAAAACCCAUGUAUUAAAGCUGACGUCAAGGUGGCAGUGGAGAAUGUGUGAAGCCAUACAUGUAGAGGGAGACAUUUGCGAGCAUCAACCAGACACUGGACUCAAAUGAAAGACUAUGUUUUGGUGAAAA